GAUGUGAAGCAUUUAUAAUUUAUAUGUUGUUUUCGACUUUUAAGUUGUAACUGUAUAGUUGUACAAACAAAUUUAAAAAACAAUUUUCAACUGUGUAAAUAGUGAAUAUAAAAAUUAUGGUUAAUUGUGUUAAUUAGUAAUACGUUUGAUUGGAAACCAUUCGUGUCAAACUGGUUUUAGUAAAAAAAAAAGAUUAAAUCGUGUAUUAUAUCAAUAUAAUAAAAUAAAUCAUCUCAAAAAGAAUACGACAGAUCCAACAUGCGAUUUAACAACAAAGAAAUGAUUCAUAUUAGUCAUUCUAAUCCUGUUCUUGAAGGACGGAUGUCCUAUGCAAAGUUGUCCAAUGGAUAUGCAACUAAAGGUUUCAAGGAAAGAUGGUUUCGACUCAAGUACAACCUAUUAUUUUACUUUAAAAUAAAUGGAUUUGGGCAAGUUGAUUUACAUCAACCAGCCGGUGUUUUUGUUUUGGAGAAUUCUAUUGUAAGACUUGAGAAUAAUAUGCCAGGAACAUUAUUUUCAUUUUCUCUUUCAUUUAAAGAUGAACCAGAUAAAAAGUACAUUAUUUCUAGUCAAUCUGAGGAUCAUGUUCAUCAGUGGAUCAAAUGUAUUCAAUGCUCAACAUACGAAUAUAUGAGGACUCGAAUGACGACGAUACAAAAAAAAAUCGUGGAGCUUACCGGAAGAGAUCCGCUUUUGAUGUAUCCGGAGGAAGGGAAGAAAAUUGGCCGGACGAAUAGAUCGGUGGCGGAUGGAGACGAUAGUGAUUUAUUUUUCAACUUGCCGACGGAUCCACUCCCUCCACCUAGACACAAACAUGAUGCCUGCAAAACGGCGGAAUCGAAUCUAAUCGAAUUGUAAAGAAUCGUGUCUGUAAGUAGGUAUGUUAUGCGUGUAUGCAGCGAAGGGGUUGUUUGUUGUU